AUGAGCAACCUCAAGUUAGGGGUGUUGGUUGUGAGUGCUCAUGACUUUAUUGUGCCCAAAGAUGGGCAGGGCGCAGCCUGUGCAUUUGUGGAGCUCCACUUUGAUAAUCAGACAUUCCAAACCGUCACAAAAGAAAGAGAUGCCAAUCCUGUUUGGGAUCAAAGCUUCUACUUCAACAUCUCUGAUCCAAAAUGCCUACCUAACCUCACUCUUGAAGCUCAUGUUUACCACCUUAAAGAAGACAGCUCCAAAUCUUUCCUUGGCAAGGUCUGUGUUCCUGCGAGAUCUUUAUUUGUCCCAUACUCUUUGCAGCACCACCCUCUGCAAAAAAAAGGCAUUUUGUUUAACUCAAGUGUGAAAGGAGAGCUUGGUCUGAAAGUUUUUGUUACUGAUGGAGAUGGCCAUGACCUUCCAAUGAACUCUGGGAUGCACGAUGAGAUUGAGUCUCAACAACCACAGCCUGAACCAGAGUCUAAACCAGAGUCUUCUAAAGAUGAUGACUUGUCAUUGUCUUCGGAUUAUUUGCUGAAGGAGACAAAUCCUUACCUGGGAGGAGGGCAAAUUGUUCAAGGUCGAUUAGUACCUGGGGAUGUCAGCACCUAUGACCUUGUUGAAACAAUGCAUUACCUGUUUGUAUUAAUUGUGAAGGCCCGGCUUGACUUUGUUUUAAAUUCGGAGGAUGUGGCAGGGAGCCUUAAAACUUAUCUUGAAAUAAAAGUUGGGAAUUGCAAUGCAAUUACAAAACAUGUUGAGAGAAAACAGAACCCUGAAUGGAAUGAGGUAUUUGCCUUUGCAAAGGACAACAAUCUGGAGCCAUCUGUAUUGGAUGUUGUGGUCAAAGAUGAUGAUCAAUUUUUUGGGUGA